AUGCCAUUUGCCCAGCAAGAGAGAAAAUAUCGAAAUGAAUAUUCUGACGAGGAGGACAGAAGACAUCGUAAUAGAUUUUCUGACGAGGAGGACAGAAGACAUCGUAAUAGAUUUUCUGACGAGGAGGACAGAAGACAUCGUAAUAGAUAUUCUGACGAGGAGGACAGAAGACAUCAUGAUAGAUAUUCUGACGAGAAGGACAAAAGACAUCGUGAUAGAUAUUCUGAUGAGGAGGACAGAAGACAUCGUGAUAGAUAUUCUGAUGAGGAGGACAGAAGACAUCGUGAUAGAUAUUCUGACGAGGAGGAGAGAGGACGCAAUAGAUCAUCCAAAAGAAGAUAUUCAUCCGAGGAAGAAAAGGAAAGGAAGCAUCAUUUGUCGAUUUAUUCAAACAGCGACAAUCCAUUUAAUGACGCUAAUUUAGGAGAAAAAUUCGAAUGGACUAAAAAGAAAGAUCGCGAGAAGAAAUUGGGAUUAACUCCUGAGGAGAUUUUACGUCAAGAACAACAACGUCGUGAAGAAACACAGCUCGAACUUGAAAAAUUGAAAAAGAGGAGAGUAGAACGUGAAAUAGAACAGCAACUAAGAGAUGAAGAACUUUCACGGAUGCAACGUGAGGCUGAAAUCGCAUCUAUGGGCGAUUGGGCAGCUAAAGAAGAUGAAUUUCAUCUUCAACAAGCAAAGCGCCGCGCAGAAAUUCGUAUCAAGGAAAGUCGAGCAAAACCAAUAGACAUUCUUGCUAUCAACCUGCGAUUGGCUGAUGAAAAUGAAGAUGUGGAUGAAGCUUUAGAAAUUGAUAUAGACGAACCUUACACUAUUUUUGAGAAUUUAAAUUUGCAAGAGGUUGAAGAAUUACAUCAAGACAUUCAGAAAUAUUUAAGCCUUGAGAAAAAUCCGAAUAAUCUCGAUUUCUGGAGGGCAAUGAUUGUAGUAUGUGAUAACAAGCUUUCUGAACUUCAAGCAGAAGAAAAAAAUCUUACUGGCAAUGUUACCGCCGUUGUUAAAGAUGAUAUUAAUAAAUUGUUGGCUGGUAAAACUUAUGAACAAUUAAACAAACUGCAGAGUCAAAUUCAACAAAAGUUAUCUGGACAAGAAGCUGUGGAAGUUGAAUACUGGGAACAGCAGUUAAAAACUAUAACUGUUUGGAAAGCAAAGGCUAAGUUAAAAGCAAUGCAUGAAAUUGUGUUGCAAAAAAGAUUGGAGCAACUAAGGAGAAAACAGAGACAGGAGGCUAUAAAAGUACAAGAAGAAUUAGAAACAGCACUUGCAUCACAUAGUGUGCAGAUUAAAGCAGAAGGGCAAGGGACUAUUGACAAUGAUGCAAUAGAGGAAGAGGAUUAUUCUUUGAUUGAGGAAUAUGAUAAAUUAAUGAGCCCAAGACCUUUUGACAAAUUACCCAGAGAGGAUAAACAAUGUGAAAUUGUUGAUCUUGGCGAAGAUAUGAAAUCAUUGAGAGAAAAACGUAAAGAGGUUCUUCGUAAUCAAUUUAUUCCUAUGAAAGUUCAGCAAAAGAAACCUACCGUGGAGGAGGAGGAAGAAUCAUUAGUUUCAAAAGUAUUGUACGAGCGAGAGGCUGCUAAAGAUUUGGAUGAAGAUGAAGCUAUAUUUAAUAUAGAGGAAGAAUUAGCUAAAACGACAUAUCUAUGGCAAGAUAAAUAUCGUCCAAGGAAACCACGAUAUUUCAAUCGUGUUCAUACAGGAUACGAAUGGAAUAAAUAUAACCAAACUCAUUACGAUAGCGAUAAUCCACCUCCAAAAGUUGUUCAAGGAUAUAAAUUUAAUAUAUUUUAUCCCGAUUUAAUUGAUAAAUCAAAAGCACCAACAUAUAAAAUUGAAAGAGAACCUGGAAACAAUGAUACAGUCUUGAUCAGAUUUAUGGCAGGACCUCCUUAUGAAGAUAUUGCUUUUCGUAUUGUUAAUCGUGAAUGGGAAUAUUCUCACAAAAAAGGCUUUAAAUCAAGUUUUGAUCGUGGAGUUUUACAGUUACAUUUCCAUUUUAAACGUCAUUAUUACCGUCGUUGA